AUGGCCCUCCGGAGGCGUCGGGAGCACAACUUGGGCCGCGCCCUCUCCGGCACGUGGGUCAUGCAGGCCCCCCAGGCGCGCCCGGGCGGCGGAGGCGGCGGCGCUGCCCGCCCCAAGCAGCUGACCUCUUUCCUCAUUCGAGACAUCCUGCGCCCCGGCGGCGCGCCCGCCUCGGAGCCCGGCCGGGAGGCGCGUCCGCCGGCGCGGAGGGAUCGGCCCGGGGCCAGCCAAGCCCCCGAGAAGCCCGGCGCGGCGGACGCGACAGGUAACGGGAGGAAGCCGGGGCGGGAGCCGCGGGGCGGAGGGUCGGUCCCGGACCUUGCUCAGUUCCCCGCGCGGGGCUUGGAAGUUCUCGGAGCAGCCGCUUAGCCUGGCCCGCCUGGCAGGGGGGUUGGGCGCGGGGGAAGUGGCAAGUUUUGCUGCUCCGCGCCCCGGCGAAAGGGGAGAAGCCGACGGGUGGCCCGCAGGCUGCAGGACCUUCAGCUCACGGAUCGGGCAGCGGCUGCCUUGACGCCCGUCUGUCCCGAAGUGGGGGAGCAAGUGCGUGCUGGGGAAUUGCUUUGUCAGUUUUGUAAACUCUUGUCCCUAUUUUAAAAAGGAGGUUCCUGCAGGAGGAAAACCAGCAUGGUUCCUGUAGUGUGGCCCUCUGUCUGCCGUGCUAGAUUUCCUCUUGCAGGAAGGUUUAUAUAUGGGGGCUAUUAAAGAAAUGUUUUCGUUGCCCCGGUUGCAUUCUGAGAUGGUGCGGUCUGUCCUGUCCCUUUGCUGCCUGAGUCUGCCAUGUGAAAGGCAGAAUAAGCUGAGACCAGCUCACAGUCCCUCAGGGUGAGCUUUGUGGUUGAGGGGGGAUUUGAUCUCUCCAACUAAGUCCAACGCACUUAACCACAACACCCCACUGCCCCAUUUGCACCUUACAUCUAAAGCAGUAUUUAAAUAAUCACAGAUUUCCCUAAAGAAUCCUGGGAAUUGUAGUUUGUUAAGGGUGCAGAGAGGUGUUUGGGAGCUGAGCAACCACUUCCAAAAUUGGGAAGAGGGAUUGCUUGUUAAACCACUCUGGGAAUGCACCUUUGCAGGGGAACAGGGGUCUCUGAACAACUUUCAGCAGCCUUGAUAAACUACAGUUCCCAGGAUUCUUUGUGUGGGAGUGGAAUCCAUGAUUGCUUAAUAUGGUAUAUUGCCAUUUUUACAUGCAUGGUUCAGAGGGGGCCUUAUAAGCAAAAUGCAAAGAUCAAAGAAGUACACAAAAUGCUGUGUUGUCAUACACACAUCCCAUGUGCAGAGUGAUUGUGUGGUUUACAGUGCAGGAUUUGCUGGAGAGAUCAAGGUGGCCUAAAUAUGCCAUUUGGUUGUAGGUUGUGUGUGUGUGUGUGUGUGUGUGUGUGUGUGUGUGUGUGUCCUUCCUUCCUUCCUUCCUUCCUUCCUUCCUUCCUUCCCUCACCUCCAUCCCAAAUUUUUGGUAUUGUUUAAAUAGGUCAUAACUUUCCCCUUUCUGCUUCUCUACUAGAUCAGUCUGCAGAGGCCUUCCUCUCUCAUUCUGAGAACACCCCCAAAUCCUUACCGAGACUCCCAAAGCAGCAGAAGCGUUCCCGGGCUGCCUUCUCCCAUAUGCAGGUCAUAGAGCUUGAGAAGAAGUUCAAUCACCAGAAGUACCUGUCUGCACCUGAGCGAGCCCACCUAGCCAAGCACCUGAAACUCACCGAAACCCAAGUGAAAAUCUGGUUCCAGAACAGAAGAUAUAAGACCAAGAGGAAGCAGCUGGCCUCAGAAUUUGGUGGACUUGAUAAGAACUCGGCAAUUCCAGCCUUCAAAGAACGUGACUUCUCCAGGGCUACUCUGGCCCUUUCUGUGUACCACAGCUACCAGUAUAAUCCAUAUGUCUACUACCUGAAUGGCUGGAGUCCAGUCUUGUGGUAACUAAUAUACUGAGUGAUCUACUUGCCACAGGGUCUAAAAACACUCUUCAGCCACCACCCAGCCACUGACUUUGCUACAGUGGGAUAGAUUGCAAGUCAGACUUUGCCAGAGAGAAUUGGCUUCCUCCUGUUUUAUUUUUUUCUCCUCUAUCUUGGGACAUCCAGGGAGCUCACAUGGUGCUCUUGAGCUACAGCUAUGGUGUUUGCUUCCCAUGGUGCAAUCUGGGUGACAUACAAAAUAAAUAUUAUAAAAUAUGCCUCCAUUCCUGCAAGGGAUCACAUCUUUCCUCGAAAGUCAGUCUGCAAAGUAAUUCACAACCUGCAUAUAAUGUGCAGCACGUUUCACGUGUAGGGAGAGAGAUACUACUAUAUUGUGAGAAGUGCACUGAAUGAUGGAAACUCCAGAAGUGUUCAUCCCUAGAAGAGGCUGCCUGCUUCAGGGAAAGACCAGCGCUCAUCAGGACAGCACAUGUUUUUUGUGCAGAAAGCCCCCAGCCCCCAAUCCCUGGCAUCUCUAGUGAGAAAGAUCGGGCAGUACAGCAGUCUUGAACCUUUUCUGGCCUGACACACACACCCCUUGCCCCCAAACAUGGAUUUGGGGACCCACUUCUUAAUUAUUAAUAUUCUUUAAAUUAUAGAUUUGUAUGGUGGCCGGGCUGCUUUUGUGGUCUGCCUUAAGUCAGGCUGUGAUCCAGUGGUGCAGAGAGCCAAGCUGAUGCCAUCCAGAUGUUGUCAGACUCCAGCUCCCCCCAUCUCUGACUAUUUGCCAUGCUGGCUGAAGCUGAUGAGAGUCCAGCCCAUCUGGAGGGAUCCAGGCUGACUGUCCAAGCACUCCUGGGAAGGGAUAAAGCUCAGGGGUAGAGCAGUUGCUUUUCAUGAGGAAGGUCUUGAGUUCAAGCCCAGCAUUGCCAGGUAGGGCUGGGAGAGAGAUUCCAAUAGUCUGACUUGGUAUAAGGCGGCUUCCUAUGACCCAUCAUUUGAGGCUGCAGAUGAUGGAUGGAGAAGGACCUUUGCCUGAGACUCUGGAACAGUGUCAGUCAGUGUGGUGACCUCUAAAUAUUGUUGGACUCCAGUUGCCCACCAGUCCCCUAACCAACAUGGCCAAGGGUUGGGGAUCACAUAAUGUGCUAUUUAACCACGUUUGGUGGGUACCACAUUGACUUCUCUUGCUAUGAAGAGAUGCUGGCAGCCAUGGUAGACAACAAUGGGCAAGAGGGCCAAAUAGUCUGACUUGGUCAAACCCAACUCCCUGUGUUUCUUUGUUGUGUCACUGUAUGAUGAGCAGUUUCCCAUCACAACAGAGAACUCCUAUCAAGUUCCAUGCAUUUCUUUCAGUGCAGAGGUACAGCACCUUCACACUGCCUUUUGUGUUUCUGGGUGAAUUACUGCUGUGGCUUUGCUUUGUUUUUAUGUAAAAUGUAUGCCCAGAGCAAUUAUGCAAGACUAUGGAAAGCUGCCUUAUACAGAAUCAGACCACUGGUCCACCUCGUUCAGUAUUACACUGACUAGCAGUAGCUCUCUAGAGAGGAAUCUUUUCUUACCUGGGGCUUCCUGCACUCUGCUGCUGAGCAGAGAUUUAACUUUUUGCUUUUUCUUUCCCAGAAAGCAAAUCUCUUCUGGGAUAUGAGAUGGAGCAUGUAUUCAAUUUUAUUUCCAUGGAAGGGUGUCUGUGCUUUGGCUAAGACAUCAGGAAAACCCUGUGCUUAAACAGAGGCAAGAGAGAGUGAGCUUCCCUCAAGGAAAAAAUCUGUUAGGUGGAGAUGGAAGGCUCUCUGUUUCCCAGCCUUCAAAUACAGCUUUUGGGGGUGGUUUCUUCUACCUCCAUUGUGCUUGAGUUAUGUGGCUGCGAUGGUGGUGCAGAUGUUUCUGAAGUCGCCAGCUCUGAAUAGUGCAGCGCACAGCUCCCCAUCUUUCAUAACCUUUAGGAGACAUCUGAAGGCAGCCCUGGGUGGGAUUUUUUUUUAAUGUUUAAUGUUUUGUCAUGCUUUUAUAUAUGUUGGAAGCCACCCGGAGUGGCUGGGGCAACCCAGUCAGAUGGGCGGGAUAUAAAUAAUAAAAUUAUUAUUAUUAUUAUUAUUAUGGAAUAGGGUGUCCCUAUUUUCAUGAGAAAUGUUUGAGGUUAUGUACAAUUCCUUCUGAGAGCACAUACCCUGCAAGUGUGCCGGUUUUCCAGGGACAGUCCUGGAAUUACAGAAGCUGUCCCAGUUUCUGAUUUUCCUUUUUCCUCCCCUCCACGUCUUGGAGAAUAAUUAAAAGUGUGUGCAUGUUUGUAGGUGCAAAAACAGAGACCUGUUUCUACUGAAAAUAAAAUACCUGCACCAAAUGCAGGAAGCAGUGAAUCUGGCAUAUGAAGCUCUUCCUAUAAUUUUGAAGGAAAGGUCGCCAGUCCAUUUUCAAUUAUUUAAUUGCAAUGCUUUAGCAGCCAGCCAUUUUUAAGGAAACACAUGGAGUGUUGAUUCCUUUAUUGUAAAUGGAACCUUAUACUGUCAACACAGAAGUAAGUCCCACUAUAAUCAGUGGAGCUUACUCCCUGGUAUGUUCCUGAUCAUUCUCACAGUUUUCAUCAUCAUCAUCAUCAUCAUCAUCAUCAUUAUUUAUUAUUAUUUCUGACAAUUACUAUAUCCCACCUUUUCCCCUGACAGGGACUCAAGGCAGUUUACAGCUAGAAUUUUAUUUCAUUCUAUUUAUAUGUGGAAGGUGUUGUACAUGAUCCCUUCCCUCACACAUUUUUUCUUUACAACAAUCCUGUGAGGUAGGUUUGGUGGAGAGGCUGUAAUUGGCUCAAGGUGACUGAUGCAGAUGUGUAUAUGACAUCUAUGUGUUUGGCAAGAUCAAACGUAGAGGAAACUUCCUGGCGUGGAAUAGGAUGUCCCUCGUUUCAUGGGAGAGAUCUUGGAGGGCAUGAGAGCAUCAAAACAUCAAGUCCUCUUGCUCCUUGGGGACUUGUGGAAAGUGCAUUCAAAGCCUGUGGUAGCAAUGAGCCUUGCACACCAGCCAUGCUAAGCUGUGGACAGCUGAACUUUUAGAAGUUUAAGAAGGAAAACAGUUAGAGGAGCAAACACAGCCUGUAGCCAUUAGACUGCCUCACAAGUACUUUUUAUUGUGCUUGUGCGUGGAUUUCACAUUUAAAACCUGCCCAGAAAUGGGACAGAGCAGACUUCAGGCUAUAUAUACACCAUACAUUUAAAGUACAUGAGUCCCCCCCACCCAAUCCAAGAAUGCUGGGAACUGUAGUUUGUUAAGGGUGCUGUGAAUUAUAGCUCUGUGAUGAGUAAACUGUUUUUGUUCUUUACGUCUACUUUCUGGGGUACCUGACAGAGCACUGAAGCAAGGCCUGCACCUUUAUUUUAUUUUAUUUUAUUUUAUUGUAGGUUUGUUUGUCUUAUGCAGAAGACACAGCUUCCUGUGACCUCUUCUGUGAUGCAGUCCUCUUCCACACAUAAUUUCUCUUCUCACUAAAAUCAAGCAUAUUUGAGGGAAGCUUCCCCCUGCCAGCCUUCAGGAGCUGCUACCUUCCGUUUGAAGUGGUGCAAUCGGAAUCAGUGUUAGUCACUUAUAAAAAGGCAGGUUGCUCAAAAUCACACAAUUUAUGCACCAUAAAAAGACCAAAUCCAGCCUGUAAGCAAAUAAUAUGCUUAGUUGCUUCCUUUAGCAUAGUUUAUAAUCCAGUUGUUUGCACAUUUACUUGGAAGUAGGUCCUGUUUUAUUAAGUGAAGUUUACUCAUGUGUAUAUGUUUCCAGGCUAAUGAGUCAAUCUUCUGUAUCCCUACUCAGAAGUCCAAGUGAGUUCAGUUAGGCUUCAGAUAAGUUUUGCUUUUCAGAGCAAUCCUAUACAUCUUCAGCCAAAAGCCAAUCCUUUUCCACACUGUGUUCCAUGAGACCUAUUCCAAAUAAGUGUGUUUGUUUAGAAUUAACCUUAAUCUGCCUUAAUCAAGAGAUGCUGGCACUAAUCCAUGCUAGAGUCACCUCAAAGAAGUUGUUUGUUUUAUUCCUUCUGUUCCUUUCUCCAAAGAACAAUAAAUUGUGACAAUAAGCUGUAUAAGCUUCCCAGAUAAAGGCAAUUUUUACUUUUCUACUAUUGUUGGAAUUGACUCUUUUGUUGACAGCCACACAAAAUGAUGUUAUGCAUAUCAGCAAGAAGUCUGACUGAACAAUUUAUAUGUUAAAACCUACUUUGGCGUUCUGGAUUUCACAAGUAUAUCAGCAAGUGUCAGAGCUGUGUGUUAGCCUUUCACACAGUUAGAUGUGCCGCUUAUGAGCACAAGAAUCAUUCCCAUGUCUGACGAACAUUCACUAAGUGUGCAAUCCUAUAGGUGGGACACUUGGAAGUAAGCCCUGUCAAGUUCAGCAGGUCUCUCUGAGUUCAGUGGGACUAACUUCUGACUAGGCAUGCAUAUGUUAACUGUGUUGUAAAACCCUAAGAAGCUUGUUUGAUAUCAGAAAGCUGAUAUGUUGUGGGAGGGACAUUUAGACUGUAUGCAUACUAACCCAUUUGUUACACAAAUGUUUCUUCUAGGGCUGCUGGUUGAGUCAAGUUUCUUAGCUGCUUAGUCCUCUGCCUUGCAUUUUAACCAAUCAAUUGUAAAUUAGUGUGCAUACUGCUAAAAUCUCAACAGAAGUGCCUUUGUGAGAUAUUGAAGGAAGAGUGAGAUAAGUUAUGAUUGAAUAAAUAUUGCUGUUUGCUGGAAGGAAAA